UACCAGCUCGAUCUGGCUCAUCUGUCGUCAUUCCUCAGUGUCCCAUUUUAUCAAGGACUCACAAAACUACACAGAGGGCAGAGAUGCUGGCUAUAAUCCUCAUCCUAGGGGGAUUAAUUCCCCCAAUCCACACUGAUGAUUUUCCACUCAGCAUGUUAUCGGCCCAUGACAAAGUAAUCACGGGCCGAUUCUUCGACUCCCUGCUGCUGAGUUUGCCUCCCUGUACCUACGCUGGCAAGAGUGUGGACCUGGAGUACCUGAAUUGUGACACCAAUACAAGCUACAUCCUGUACGACAUUUUCACGGUUCCAAACUGUAACAGCAGCGGCAACCUGACAGGAUCAACCGCAUUUAGCAGAAACAUUGGAUACCAGCUGACGAACCUCAGCAAUGGCACACAGUACAAGAUUAACUAUAAGAUUGGAGACAUCAGAAGCAUCCCGCUGAUGGCAACUACAAGAACAGUAGCUGACUACACAGAAAUCAAACUUGGCUCCCAAGGACGCAGUGCAGCGAUGGUGGUGAUCACAGUCAUUCUGUCCGUGGCUAUGUUUAUCCUGCUAAUCAGUAUCAUCAUCAGUAUGUUUGUGUCCCCUAAUGAAGAGUAAAGCAACACUUUACCUUCAGAAAUCAAGUCUAUUACAUUAUACAUUUCACAAAUAUACACUGCCAUAUGGGGUGUUCAAAAACCUUUGAAUGGUAGUGAAUAGGUUCGUUUUUUAACAUUUCUCCCUUAUGAAAUAAUAAAAUCAAGAAUUAAGCUAGCUAUCGAGCUAAGAAUUUUGUAGAUUAAAUAUUUUCAUAAAGCCUAUGCAUUUCACAAUCAUUUUGCUGUAGAAGGAUGAUUUUUUUU